CUGAACUCUUAUCCAUUGUGCCCAGACCCCAAUCGAGCCAUUGGUCUAGCUCCUCACACAGACACUUCCCUCUUCACUAUACUGCACCAGAGGAUCAGCGGCCUACAAAUAUUCAAAGAAGGAGUUGGAUGGGGUUUAGUACAACCAGUCACUGGGGCACUUGUAGUGAACGUUGGUGAUCUCUUACACAUCCUCUCAAAUGCUAGGUUUCCAAGUGUUGUUCAUCGUGUGGUGAUGAAAGAGGCUAAACAAAGGUUUUCUGUGGCUUUCUUCUAUUCCCCGCCUGCUGAUUUCAAUCUAGAUCCUCUGGGUUUGAGUUUUGGCCAAAUUCCUCUAUACCGCUCUGUGACAGUGGCUGAAUACGUUGGCAGGAAGGCCAAGGACCUUGAAAAAGCACUUGCUUCGAUUAGAAUUUAG